AUGAGCGAGACGGUCGGCUCAAAACGGGGAAAUGGAAAACAAUCCAAGCAUGGAAAACACUCAAAGAGAGAGAAUAUCCUCUCAUCAUCCACAAAAGCCUCGAAAGAUGGCAAGGCAAAAAAUACAGCAUCUGCAUCUAUAAGCAAAGAUAACAAACCAAAGAAAAUUGGGAACGAGAAGAAAGGGAAUCGAACUGAGACUUCUCAAACCAUCUUAAAGGCUGCCGUUGAAGCCAUGGGUGGCGACCAGAGUGACCUCGACUUGGUGAAGGAUGUCUCCUCAGACGAGGAAAUCAAGCAAGAAGAUCACGAAGAGGAUCCAGCUCUCCGAAAGGAGGUGGCAAACUUCAUAAAGACUCUGGGCUUAUCUAAAAAGUCAAAUGAAGAAGCAUGGGUGGUGGAAGAAGCUACCAAUGACGAGGAAGAGUCACCAAGCUCCCAGGACGAAGGGUCUGAGGCCGAAUCUGAACAGCAGCCUGUGAAACCAUCUUCUCCAACGAAAGACUCGAGUAAGAAAGGCAAAUUUGUUUUUCCACCAACUGCACGAUGGUACGAAGCCCUAGAAGUAUUGGACACCAGCGACCUGGCCGGUCCAUCUGAACACGUUCUGGAGUCGCUCUCUAGUAAAGCCUCAGACCUGCUUGACAACGACACCACUCUCUAUACCCAAAGUUCGCUGUCCACGGGGACAUCAUCCGCCGACGCAGCCUUCCUUUCACGAGUUCUCUCAUCCGGAACACUGUCAGAUCGACUCUCCGCACUCACCCUGAUGGUUCAAGCGUCACCUGUUCACAAUACAAAGGCAUUAGAAGGCCUAAGAUCCUUGGCAAUGAAGAAAGGAGGAAAGGGGGAAGCACUCAAAGCAGUUCGAGCAAUCGUCGAUUGGUGGGUAGGAGGAGGUGCACCAGAUAGGAAGCUAAGGCGGGUUCUUUUGGUCCGCUUAUACCUUCGAGAUCAGCCUUUACUACAUGCAAAGCGCACGGAUUCCCACCUUGUUGUCUGGUACUUUGAAGACUGGUUAAAGAAGUUCUUCUUCACCAUCCUCCAAAUUCUCGAGCCUCUAUCGCUUGAUCCCUUGCCCUAUAUCCGUACUCAAACCAUGGCUCUCAUCGCCCAGCUCCUGGUAAGCAAGCCGGAACAGGAGCAAAACCUAUUGCGGCUGUUGGUUAAUAAGCUGGGAGAUUCGGAACGUGCAGUGGCCUCCAAGGCCUCGUAUCACCUGCAUAAUCUCCUGCAAAUGCAUCCUCAGAUGAAAGGGGUGGUGGUGCGUGAAGUUUCGGCGCUCGUGCUGAAACCACCGUCGAAGCAAGCAUCAACCCCCACCACAAAGCCGGCUACUGGGAACAAACCCGAAAAGAUUGCGAUUAAUGUGCAUGCAAGAUACUAUGCAGUUGUCACGUUCAACCAAAUUGUCCUAUCCUCGAAGACUCAGGCAGAAAAGGAGGUUGCUGCGCGGCUUGUCGAGGUGUACUUUCAGCUAUUCCGAAGCAUACUUGGGGAGAGAGACAAGUCGGGCGAUAUCGGAGAGGACAAAGAUGAAGGGGACACAAAGGAUGGAAAGGGUCGAGAGGAAAGGCGCAAGCUGCGGGAGAAGGACAAGCUAAGACAACGGAAACAAAACAAGCCGUCACAAAAGUCAGGAGACGGCCUAGCAGAUGCUGCUGCCGAUGCAGACUCCAAGAUCACCUCUGCCAUCCUUACCGGCGUGAACCGUGCUUUGCCUUUUGCAGGAAUUGACAAUGCUGCGUUGGAUCGUCACAUGGACACCCUUUUCCGUAUCACACACGAAGCCAGCUUCAACGUUUCCAUCCAGGCCCUUGUGCUCAUUCAGCGCGUAUCAGAGACACGCCCGAGUGUGCAAACACGCUACCUUCGAACCCUCUAUGCCUCCCUUCUCGAUCACCGAUUAGCGACAUCGUCCAAACAGGCGAUGUAUCUAAACCUCUUGUUCAAGUCGUUGAAGCUGGACAACGAUUUGCAAAGAGUAAAGGCUUUCGUUAAGCGAUUCUUGCAAGCGCUUCUAAGUGGCCCGGGCUAUGAACCAAGCUUCAUAUGCGGCGGCCUCUUCUUGUUGGGCGAGUUGUUCACUGUAACACCCGGUCUACGAUUGGCGAUCACCAAGCGUUCUGCAGACACAGAGGCUUAUGACCCAAGGAAGCGUGAACCAGAAUACAGUGGCGCAGGCACCACCUGUUUCUGGGAACUGACAGCCUUGUCUCAUCACUAUCAUCCUUCUGUCUCGCUGCAUGCCAGGCAACUACUCGAAGGUAUACCGCUAACUGCGAACGCCGACUUGGCGCUCAACACUCUGUCCCACUUCCUUGAUCUCUUUGUCUACAAAAAUCCCAAGAAACCAAAGCCUCGUGGUGCUAGUGCUAUGCAGCCUGCCGCUGCUCUUACUACUGACGGGAAUGCCACCGUUCGGAUGAUCAAAGGUAUGGGAACUGAGACUGUUGGCUCAAAGGGAACUGUCAACGAAGAGGACUUCUGGAGACGGAAAGUAGAAGAUGUUCCAGUCAACCAACUGUUCUUCCAUAAAUUCUUCAAUCAGCGACAGGCACGAAGCCAGCUCAAGAAGGACAAAAUCGAGAAACGAAGGCGUAGAGGAAGUGACGACGAAAAUGGGGAACCCGAGGAAAGUGAUCACGAAGCCGGAAGUGACGAGAGUGAACUCGACGAGGAAGAAGUUUGGAAGGCAAUGAAACGAAGUUUACCAACUGCAGAUGCGAUCGACAUCGACAGUGAUGACAGUGAAGGGUUGCCAGACCCAGAAGAGAGUCACUCCGAGGUCGACGUCGACUCACAAUCAGAAGAUAAAGAGGGCUCUGAUGCAUCCAACGAUCAAGAGAGCGAACAAGAUGAACCAUUUGACCUAGGAGAGGACGCAGACGAUAUACUAGACUCCGACGCUGAAGCUCCCGAUGGACUUCUGCAUUUUGGUUCCGAUGAAGAGGAAGAGUGGGGAGGGAUCAAUUCAACCGUUCUCGGAAAGAGGAAAGGAGGAGAACAGCAUGGCGGGGUGAAGAAGAAGAGACGGCUUAAGGACCUCCCGCUAUUUGCUUCGAUGGAGGACUACGAAAAAUUGAUCGACGCGGAGCCAGAAGACAACAUUUAG